AUGGAUUCACACUCCGAUCCACCCCCCGACCAAGACACCGUCGUCGACGACGCCGCGCCGUCCAGGGCAUCAACAGACAUGCACCAUCUAACGGAGUCGACCCCCCUCCUCCUCGCGGGUGCCCCGUCCUCCCCACUCCCACCCAAGCGGCCCGGCACCGGCCGCAGCAGGACCGAGUCCCUCAUCAAGGCCGCCGCCGCCAUCCACGUUCCCAAGAUACACAACGCCAAUACCAUCGCCGCCCUCUUCUGCGUCAUCAUCGGCAUCGGCAGCAGUGCCUCGGGCCUCUGGGUCGUCCCCAGCACUCGCCUUGUCGAGGAUGUUGUGUGCAGGGAGUAUUACGGCCUACUAGGCUCCGGGGACGCCAGCGCUGGCGGCCCAAUCGACGAGCGCCAGUGCAAGGAGGACGUGAUCCAGAGCAAGGUCGCCAUGAUUUUCGCCGUCUACGCUACGCUGCAGGCCGUCGUCGGCGCCUUGGCCACAUUUCCCUGGGGCAUCAUUGCCGACCGGUUCGGGAGGAAAAAGGUCUUCUCGUUGGCGGUGCUGGGCAUGAUCCUUGACCAGCUCUGGUUCCUCUUGCUGUGUGCGUUUCCCAAGACGUUUCCAAUGAAGGCGUUGUGGCUCGGCCCGUUCUUCUUGUUGAUUGGCGGGGGUAACGGCGUGCUAAGCGCCGUUGUCUUUUCCAUGAUCUCGGACGUUACGACGUCAGAAAACAGAGCCAAGAAGUUCAUGAACGUCCAUGUGGCGUCCAUGGCUGGAAACCUCUGCGCCCCCGCCAUCGCCGGGUGGAUGAUGGAGAGAACCGGACCGUGGCCGGUCGUGUGGGUUGCCCUUGCAGGCUUCUUGAGUAUGGUCUUCACCAUCCACCUGAUCCCGGAGACAAAGCCGGCGGCCCAGGCCGAGUCGGACCCUAUCGCGGACGGGCCGGAGGCCGACUCGCCCGUUGUAGGCGCCAUGUACCACACUUUCCACCGGCUCAGGGGGUCUCUGGGUCUCCUCAAGUCGCCGUCCCUUGUCGUUUUGGUGGUGGCGCUGCUCGGGUCGUACCCCGCCACAGAGUCGACCUACCAGUUCAUGAACAUCUUCGCCUCGAAGCGCUAUCACGUCUCGCUGUCUCAGACGGGGUACCUCUCGUCACUAUACGGGCUGGGCACUAUCCUGGCCAUCCUCGCCAUCUUGCCGGGCAUCUCAAAACUGCUCGCCUCACCGAAGGCGCCGAAGUCCUUGCGGUUCACCAACGACAACGAGCGCGACCUCUUUCUCGCCCGGAUAUCGUCCGUCGCGCUUAUCAUCGGCACCUUGACCCUGGCCGCGUCGCCGACCAUCGGUGCCUUUAUUGGCGGCCUCGCGAUCUUGGCCCUCGGUGCGGGUUGGGGCAGCUACGUGCGUAGUCUCUGCGCGGUAUAUGUAGACGCUGCGCAUCGGACACAGAUGUACUCAAUCAUCUCGCUCAUUGAGAUGGUGGGCUUGGUAUACACGCAGCCCAUGCUCGCCGGGCUUUUCAGAGCGGGUAUGCGGCUCGAGGGUCUGGGGAUCGGAUUGCCGUACCUUGUUGUCGCUGGUUUCUGCCUCGCUAAUUUGGGGCUGCUUCUCUUGGUCCGGCUUCCGCCGCCGGAAGACGUGAAGCAUGCGUCUGGGGAUGAAGCCUGA